AUGAAAAUUCUCGAGUCACAAAACGCGCUCCUGUCCAACUAUGAGGUUUACCAGCACCUGGCCGACCAGCGCAAGCGGAAUAAGGCGCAAAACCGGCGAGUGCCUGGCAACGCACACCAGGUGAUGAACGAGGUUGGCUUUUUACAAACAAUCAUCAUUCUCCCAGACACCGAGUCAACUAACAAGGACAGGUCACCAAAUAUCUCAGCGGAAAAGCCUAGCCCGUUGGAAAAACAAGAAGAAACACAAACAUACAGCCCGGCAGCCUUCUCCCUUCUGUUUGAAAAGCUCCGCGAGGCCAACCUGCCAAGCGAACUGACCAAGGGCGAGCUCCUUUCCAUCCUCAACAUUCGCCCAUCAUCUACUGCGCUCUUAAGCACAGCAAUCGAGGACAUGGAAGAGCGGUUUGAUGACGACAACCAAAACAAGAUUGUCGACAUCAUCGCAGAAGUGCUGGGAAGCGACGAGUCGAACGAAGGCGGUGAAGAGGCGGAUGAGAUGGAUGCCGAUGCCGUGCCAACCGUCGAGAACGGCUACUGA